AUGAUUAAACUGAUUGCAUUGAAUCAACUUGAACGUUAUAAAAAAGAUUUAACAGAAGAAGAAUUACAGGCAUGUGCUAAUAUAACAACUAUUCCAAUUGAUUUAUCCUUACAAGAUAUAUUUAACACAAAUAAUAUAUUCAAUGAUAAUGAGCCUUAUAUUACAAAUCAGAAUAUUCCUACUUCUGUUUUUACUCCAGUGAAUUCUGAUACAUUUAUAACUUCUGAGACAAAACUUAAUGUCGAAGAUAUAGCAAAUCUCGCUUUGUCUUUUUUUUUUUUAAUUUUAAUAACAUGGUAUCGCAUUAUAAAAAUUUUAAAUUACAAUCGAGAACAACAUCAAGCAUAG